GCAGCAGCAGCAGCAACUCACGAGUCAUACACAAAGACGACGACGGCGACAUGGUGCUGCCAAAAGGCCGUCGUCCAUGCCGCGGAGGACCCAGGCGCUGGACACUGCUGACUCCCACGGUGCUGUGGUCGGUGGUCAUCCUCGCCAUGAUGCCAAGCUUCUACGGCUUCGUCGGUGGUCUCGGCGGCCUGCCCACGGGGAGGUCUACCGCCGGCACGCGCGGAGUUGCUGCCGCUGACUUGGCAUCAGCAGGGUCGAGCGGGGCAAAGGGGCGGCAGGGCGGGGGCGGGAGCGGGGCAACCGGAAGCGUGAAGGGCUCGCCGUUUGCGGCGGCGUCUUGGCUGAAAGAACGCGUGCGCGAUGGGAAACGAAGGGUGCAGAUGCAGGUAAUGUCAAUGGUGCCGGACACAAGCAUGGACGCGAAAUGCUUCGACGACGCUCCCGUGCCGUUAGACGAGAGAGGUUUUCACGUCAAUGGGUGGCGAUGGCACUCUCGGGCUGUUUUGCGAGACAUCGCACGGUUUCGACGAGCGGCGUUGCAGGCUGCGGAGGCAACCGGUGGGGCGGACGGGGGGGGUGAGAAGGGGGCGGCGGCGGUGGAGCGGGUGGCCAAGUGCUAUGGCUUCAUGUGGACGUUCAGUGUGACGAAGCUGCACAACACGGAGACUAGUCUGUUCUUCCCGUGGCUGAGGGACUUGGUACCAAAGGAGGUGCUACCUCCGCUGAGCGAGUUCGACCGGGAGAGGGCGGGAGUCGUGCGGAUAGGGGAAAAGAUAGGCCAGUUCGUGGCCGAAGCGGAGCGGGCGUCCGCCUCGAAGUCCUCGUCGCCGAGAGCGGCCUUGCUCCGGUGCGCCGAGCUCGCGGAAGAGCUCGAGGCCAAGGCGGCGAGGCUGGCCAGGGUUCAGGAGGCGGCCAUUGUUCCUGUGACGGCGGCGUACACCACCUCCAAGCAGCAGUGGAAGUUCAACGACAAGGUGAUCUUUAGCCUCGGAUUGGUGGAUGCCCAGGUGUUCCUGGUGGCGAUGCACGACGCCAUCAAGUCCGACCGGGAGGAGUUCAACAAGUUCCGCAAGAAUGUUCCGAAGUUUGCGCGAGCCCUCAUCCCGACGUGGCGACGAGUCUUGUACCUCCCUCGAGCGGGCUGCCUGGAAGAAUCUGCCGACGUUGUCGUCGCUCCCUAGGGAGGGUUCCACCACUAGGCCCGGGCGGGCAUGAGCACGCGUACAACUUUUGUUCGCAGGUGUACCGGGGAGGUGCACGCGUGUUGUGUGGAGAGCUAGCUAUGCUUGUGGGAGGCUAUUGGCGGUGACCAAGAUGCGGAAAAGAGAUCUUGUGAAGUUUGGGACAUGGGGGACUUUUUUUUUUGCUGCGCGUCUCGGUUGUAGAUAGAUGGCACGUACCUGCGCGGUGAUUCGUCCUUUUCAUGUCGCCGUGAAACCUUCGGCAAGGUCGGCGGCCCAGGAGUUUGCCCAAAUGGGUGUUUUCCCUCAACGAAGGAUCGGUGUACAUACGCAUGCGUGUGUGGCGUUCAUCCUGCUGAGCUUAGAGAGUUCGCCUUCGGAGGGCCGCAAGCAGAGCACUUGGUGCGGCACAGACAGAAAACAGGACGACAUUUUGUCGCGUGCCCUGGAUUUUUUCGCUGCUCCCGUGAGGUCUGGGUGAGGGUGUGGAACGACCACCUCCGGAAACCCGUUUUUUUUUCCAUUCCAUGUACACCCUGUGCUCGCUCGAUACCAUUGUUACGGACGCACAGACACGUCGAAUUCUGGACGUCUUUAUGCGAGGGUGCGGUGGCAAGCAGUUGACACGUUCCGACCUGACCUAGGUGGGUUGAUGGGCUGUCUUGUAGAUAUGACGCUGACAUACAUACGAGGCUCGCGGCCUGGGCGCUAUGGUUUCCUUGCAAGACCCCUGUGCGUAGCGGCGCGUGGGGUACCGCGAAGCGCGCAAAAACUUGCGUGCGAGAGUCCGCGCUGGACAGCAGACCAAGGCCAGGAGAGGCAUGAAAUACCGAGCCCUCACCAGCCUCUAGAAUUGAAUGGCGAAGAGCGUGU